CACACACCCCUCCCCCUGCGCCAGGCUGCAUGAUGGCGGAACUGUAGAAUCCGGGACGAGAAAAGUGGACCCACCCGUCCAGCUGAGGAAUCCUAUUUAUUUAUUUAUUUAUUGGGCUCCCCCGUAUUCACACGCAUGACCCGUUGGAUACACGAAAAAGAGAAAUAUGGUGUCGCGAUCUACAACUACGAUGGGCGAGGUAAACAAGAGCUGUGUCUGCAGGUGGGCGACACAGUGCACAUCCUUGAGACGUUUGAAGGCUGGUACCGAGGCUACACGCUGCGGAACAAGUCUCAGAGGGGUAUCUUCCCCUCGUCCUUCAUCCACCUGAAGGAGGCCCGAGUCGAGGGGAUCGACCAGCAGGAAAUAAUUAUCCCAACAGAUUUACCACUGGUGCUGGAGCUGGGGGCAACCCUGAGAGAAUGGGCACAGAUAUGGCACAAGCUCUAUGUGAACGGCAACGUCAGUCUGUUCAGGACCGUGCAGCAGAUGGCCUACAGCCUCAUCGAGUAUCGAUCGCAGAUAGUGUCAGGGACGCUGCCCAAGGAUGACCUUGUGGAGCUGAAGAAGAAAGUCACCGCCAAGAUUGACUAUGGAAACCGGAUCCUGGGCCUGGACCUGGUGGUGCGCGACGAGGCGGGCAACACGCUGGACCCCGACUUCACCAGCACCGUCAGCCUGUUCCGUGCCCACGAGGUGGCCUCGCGCAGCAUCGACGACCGGAUACAGGAGGAGAAGACGCGGCAGAACCUGGAAAUGCGGCGGCAGACUCUGUUCAGCACGGUGCACACCUACAGCCUCCUCAUGAACCUCAAGAACUUUGUCUGCAACAUCGGCGAGGAGGCGGAGCUUCUGAUGUCCCUGUACGACCCCGACCAAUCAGAGUUCAUCAGCGAGAACUUCCUGGUGCGCUGGGACAGUAUGGGCAUGCCCAAAGAAAUCGAAAAACUCAACAACCUUCCAGCGCUGUUCACGGACCUGAGCAGCAGCGACCUCAUCAGACAGCGGCUGUUCCUGGUGUGUCAGAUCAUCCGAGUGGGCAGCAUGGAACUGAAGGAAGGCAAGAAGCACACGGGAGGCCUGCGGCGGCCGUUCGGGGUGGCCGUGAUGGACAUAACAGAUGUGGCCCACGGGAAAACAGAUGAUGAGGACAAGCAGCACUUCAUCCCCUUCCAGCCGAUCGCCAUGGAAACGUACAUCCGCCAGCGCCAGCUCAUCAUGUCCCCCCUGAGCGCGUCCCGGGUCAGCGGGGAGAACGAGCCCCUGACCGCCGUGUUCAACAAGGUCAUCGCCACGCGGGAGGUCAACCACAAGGGCCAGGGGCUGUUUGUGACCCUGAAGCUGCUCCCGGGGGACCUGGCCCAGGUGCGUAAAGACUACCCCCACUUCGUGGACCGUGCCACCGCUAUCGUGGGAAAGAUGGGCUUCCCGGAGAUCAUCCUCCCAGGAAACGUGAGGAACGACAUCUACGUCACGCUGCUGCACGGCGAGUUCGACCGCGGCAAGAAGAAGACGCCGAAGAACGUGGAGGUCAUCGUGAGCGUGCAGGACAACGACGGGAACCCCAUGGAGAAGGCCAUAUUCCCGGGGGCCGGUUAUGAAGGCAUCACAGAGUACAAGUCUGUCAUUUACUACCAGGUUAAGCAGCCAUGCUGGAACGAAACUAUCAAGGUGACUAUCCCCAUCGAGGACGUGUGUCGCUCCCACCUCAGAGUGUUGUUCCGGCACCGCUCGUCCCAGGACUCCAGGGACAAAUCGGAGAAGCCGUUUGGGAUGUCCCUUGUCCGGCUCAUGAAGGGGGACGGCACCACGCUCCGGGACGGGCGCCACGACCUCAUCGUCUACAAGAUCGACGCGAAGAAGACGGAGGACGCCAAGACGCUCCUCUCUCUGCCCAGCACCUGGGCCGAGGUGCCGGAGAAGGAGAGGCAGACGGGGAAGUCCUUCCAAGGGGUGCCCGUCACCAAGGACAGCUUCCUGAUCUCCACCCUGACCUGCUCCACCAAGCUCACCCAGAACGUGGAUUUACUGGGCCUGCUGAACUGGAGGUCCCACCCCGAGAAGCUGGAGCAGAACUUGCAGCGGCUUAUGGAGGUCGAGGGGGGGGAGAUCGUCAAGUUUCUCCAGGACACCCUGGACGCUCUGUUCAGCAUCAUGAUGGACACCUCGGAGAAGGAGACGUACGACAUGCCGGUGUUCAACGCUCUGGUCUUCAUCAUCUCUCUGAUUGGAGACAUCAAGUUCCAGCACUUCAACCCGGUGCUGGAGACGUACAUCAACCAGCACUUCAGCGCCACUCUGGCCUACAUGAAGCUGACCAAGGUGUUGAAUUACUACGUCGGCCACGCAGAGUUGCCGGCGCUCGCCGAGAAGCUCUACUCCGCCCUCAAGUCGCUGAAAUACCUGUUCAGGUUCAUCGUGCAGUCCCGGGUCCUCUACCUCAGGUUCUACGGCAACAGCGAGGACGGCGACGCCUUCUUCAACUCCAUCCGCACGCUCUUCCUCUCCUUCAACACGCUGAUGGACAGACGGCUGGACGAGGCCGUGAAGAUAAAGGGGGCGAUACUGAAGUACCUCCCCAGCGUCAUCAACGACAUCCAGACAGUCUUCGAUCCCGUGGAGCUCAGCGUUCUGCUCACCAAGUUUAUUGGGAGCAUCCCCGACGCGCAGCUGGUGCGGCAGAAGUUGGGCUGCAUGUGCAAGAUGGUGGAGAGUGACCUUUUCAGGCAGCCAGAGUGCCGCGAUGCUCUCCUACCGCUGGUCACGGACCAGCUGAGUGGACAGCUGGACGACCACUCCAGCCGGCCCGACCACGAGGCCUGUGUGCAGCUGCUCAGUACCACGCUGGACAGCCUGGACCGCAAGGAUGUGGGACCCACCAGGGCCAACGUCCAGCUCAUCAUGGAGCGGCUGCUACGGCGGGUGAACCGCACGGUCAUCAACAUGGACAAGGCCUCGCCGCUCAUCGGCCACUACCUAGCCUGCAUGACGGCUGUCCUUAAGCAGAUGGAUGACGCGCAUUACAGCCACUACAUCAGCACCUUCAAGACCAGGCAGGACAUCAUGGACUUCCUGAUGGAGACGUUCAUCAUGUUCAAAGACCUGAUGGGCAACGUGUUCCCGGCCGACUGGAUGGUGAUGAACCUGCUAGCCGUCACUCUGCCCCGCCCUCCACCUCUAGUCCCCCCGUCCCCCCCGCUGCCAGGCUCCAUACAGCUCAGGCAGACACAUGAGGCCAUUAACUUCUACAAGGAGAAGCAGAGGGAGGACAUCUACAUCCGGUACUUGUACAAGCUGCGGGACCUGCACCUGGACUCUGAGAACUACACGGAGGCGGCCUACACCCUGCUGCUGCACGCUGAGCUGCUGGAGUGGUCCGACAAGCCCUGCGCUCCCCACCUGAUACCCCGGGACGGGCAGCACAUAUGGACCCAGCAGGAGCUGAAGGAGAGGCUGUUCCAGGAGAUCAUCUGCUACCUGGACAAGGGCAAGAUGUGGGAGAAGGCCAUCGAGCUUGGGAAACAGCUGGCCAAGAUGCACGAGAGCCAGAUGUUUGACUUCAUGGAGCUCAGCCAGCUACUAAAGCAGCAGGCCCAGUUCUUUGAGAACAUCAUGCAUGCCAUGCGGCCCCAGCCAGAGUACUUUGCCGUGGGGUACUACGGCCAGGGCUUCCCCUCCUUCCUCCGGAACAAGACCUUCAUCUACCGGGGGAAGGAGUACGAGUGGCUGGAGGACUUCAGCGUGAAGGUUCUCUCCGGGUUCCCCAACGGUGUCCGCAUGACGAGCACGGCUCCCCCCGGGGACGCCAUCCUCAACUCCCCCGGCCAGCACCUCCAGUGCUUCACGGUGAAGCCCGUUCUCACCGUGCCUCAGCAGUUCAGAGACAAGGGGGUUCCAGAGCAGAUAUUAAACUAUUACAGGACCAAUGAAGUGGACCAGUUCCAGUAUUCCCGGCCGUUCCGGAAAGGAGAAAAGGACCCGGACAACGAGUUUGCGACCAUGUGGAUCGAGAGGACCACCUACAUCACCGCGUAUCCCUUCCCCGGAAUACUCAAAUGGUUUGAGGUGAAGUCGGCCUCGGUGGAGCAGAUCAGCCCCCUGGCCAACGCGGUGGAGACCAUGGAGAUGGCCAACGAGAAGCUGAGCAACCUGGUGCAGCAGCAGGCGUGCGACCGCUCGCAGGCCGUCCACCCGCUGUCCAUGAUGCUCAACGGCAUCGUGGACCCCGCCGUCAUGGGCGGCUUCUCCAACUACGAGAAGGCGUUCUUCACCCCCACGUACAUCCAGGAACACCCAGAGGACCUAGAGCGCAUCGAGGUCUUGAAGCAGCUCAUCGCCCUGCAGAUCCCGCUGUUGGACCAAGGCAUCCGCAUCCACGGCGAGAAGUCGACGGAGACGCUGAAACCGCUGCACAACCGCCUGGUCACGUGCUUCGCCGACCUGCGGGAGAAAGUGGAGAAGCACUACGGCGUCAUCACCCUGCCCUGCUCGCUGACCGAGGGGAAGAAGAGCCGUGUGGGCUCGGUGGUGAUGCCCUACAUCAUGUCCUCCCAGCUGCGGCGAAUGUCCACCAUUUCCAUCGCCUCCAACGCCUCCUCCAACGGCUCGGUCACGCCGCCCCGCCUCUCGUCCCAGGACUCCUUGUCGUCCCGUCCCGCUGACCGGCGGUCGUCUGUCCUGCCCCACUCUGCUUUGGAGGACAACCGGAUUGGUCGCAGGAACAGGAAGGAGUGGAGCGUGAGCAAGUCCCAGGUGCUGCUGGAGCGGCCGUCCGACACAGACGAGGCCCCCCCCGAGAGGCAGCAGCGGCCCAAGAGCCUCCAGCUGGGUGACCGCCGGCUCACGCUCUCCCUGUUCCAGGGGCCCGCCUCCCAGCUGAUCCCGUCCAGCCCCCUGGGCGCCGGGCCCGCCUCCCCCGGCACGCCGCGCAGCUCCAGUUAUUCGUCUCUGCUCAGCGACGGCGUCGACGGCGGCGGCGCCGCCCCCCCGGACCCCUCGGGGGCGCCCCCGCCGAUGCCUCCCAAGAAGCACCCCCACGAGAUCGACAGCCAGCACCUCCACCACUUCGCCUCAGAGUCGCCUCCCCUGCCGGUGAAGAUAGAGAGCAAGCCCCCCCCGCCUCCCCCCAAAGCCAGGAAGUCCUUGUUGCCGUCGUCAUACGAGCACGGCACCCCGUGAGAUCACACACAAUCAUACACAAACAGACACACAAACACACACAGACACACACAGACAAAGGGACAUACACAUAAAGCAUUACACACACACACACGCGCACACACGCACACACACACACACACACACACACACACACACACACACACACACACACACACACACACACACACACACACACACACACACACACACACACACACACACACACACACACACACACACACACACAGAGAGAGAGAGAGAUACACACACAAAGCAUUACACACACACACUCCCCUCCCUCCUCUCCGUGGCCUGCACAAAUGCUGCAAUCAAACGGAAAAGGAAAAGAAAUGCAAUUACAAACAGCAGCCUUGGUCGACCGUGUUGUAGCGGAGCAAACUUCAUCCUAACGGUGGAUCUGGUGUUCUGAGUGAUGGCGGUGGGCGGAGCAGGUGCCAUGCGCGGGGCGGACACGAGCUGCGCGUGUGUCUGAGUAGUCCCACGUAUACAGGAGAUCCUACUGCUGGUGAUGUCUGUAAAGUUUGGAAAGGAAUAUUUUUUUAUAUUUUUGUUUUCCUCAAAAGGAUACAAAGCGGAAAACGUUCUAUUAAAAAAAUAGAGUCGAAACAGAAACUGAAGACUGAUGCCUUUAUCUGCUGCGGAACGUUAAAUAUAUGCACGUAUUUUUCUAGAUUGAUUUACGCAAGAAGGGAAUGACCAAAUGUACAUCUCGUCUAUUUUUGUAUCUCUUGGAUCAACACUGGCUGAUUCUGGUACACUAACGUGUUGACUGGCCUUCCAGAACAGUCCGUAUAGCUGAGAGGGGAGCAUUGCUAAACUCCUUUUAACCAGUAAACCAUUUCAGACGGAUCAAAGGCAGGGAAAUUAUAAUUUUAUGAAAAACAGAAAUCUUAGUUUUAUAUUGACUGAUUUUUAUCCUUUUAAAUGUUUUUUCUUUGUAAUUAUGUGGUCUAACCAAACAACAAUCCAACCUCCCCACACACCAUAUCUUUUAUUUUGUACGUUUUUGGUAUUUUAUCUUCGACAGACACUGGAUGGCACACGUGAAUGUGAUGGAAGCUGAAUUAAAGUAUAUUUUUGUUGACAUUUCAUGUCCGAUCCAACAUGCAUUAAGUCAUAGAGUUGGACUAGGGCUUCCCCUGAGCUGACUUUACACCCUGUACGGUACAAGCACAAAGGUCUUUAAAGAGUCUGGUUUCCAAUUCCUAGUUUAGUACAUUUCAUAAUAUAACUACUUUCCUAUACGGAUGCUUCUGAAAUACUUUGAAUCAUCAUUAAUGGAUUUCUUUUUUAUUGUUUUGCACAACCACCCUGCACCGAGACGUUGUUUAUUCAAGUGUUCAGAAAACCUUCAUCUCUGUAUAUGCCAAUCCACUAAGCGCUAUAUAUGCAUGCAUAAUUUAAAAUAAUCAAAUCAAUCCAAUGAAAAAGUUUAAUGAAAUUGUAAGCAGUGUUUUUUUCCUUGUAACCAUUUUUUUCUAUUGUAUUACUUUUCUAAACAGGGAUCAGAGUCUAUCUUGAUGUUGCACGUGCUUUCUUAGUUGGGCAAAAUGAAUCCGCUGCCAGCUUCUCGAACACGCCACAUAAUUGAACAAAUUAAAUAAAGUGAAUGAAUGAAUAUACACCCAA